GGCGCGGCAGCUUUGCAUCUAAAUGACGUCCAUGUCAGUAGCAACUUUUCCCUGCACAGUCCGGACGUUUUGUUUGCUCCAUCAACAAGAAGAGACUUUGCGCUCCUCCGGUACUAGACGAAGGUUCAUGGAAGAAAAGGAAUGACUACUGUGGAAGAAGGUGGCGUUCUUUGGGCCACAACUGUCCACAAGUCUUGACAAGCCCCCUGCACACCCACUAUCCUUUGCUUUUCCUGCUUUGUGAAACCAGAGACUUUUGAACCAUCGGCUUCCUCCUGAUCUUAUCAUCACCACCCAUUAUAGGAACAGAAUAUACAUUCCCAAGAAGAGGCCAAGCAGUUCCUUCCGUGGUAGCUCCUGCAUGUGAUUCUCUUGUUCUUCUUUUCUUUGCAGAGAAAGAUGAAGAUGAUGAUGAUAUUUUGAUGCUCAAGGUCGCGUAUGAGGUGUGUCCACAGGCCGUAGCCUAAGAACUUCUUGGUACGCAAAUACACCGAGAGACAACUGGGAGGUGUAUGUUCAUGUGGCCGUGAAUCGCAGAGGCGCCGGAAAGUAGUUUUCCUCUUAAUUAUUUGCCGGACUUUAGAGUGCUUAACAGGAUGGGGUUCCAUGUCAAGCACUUGUUGGUCCUCUUUCUCUCAGCGUUAUUGCUAGCUGGGAGAGGAGGGAGCUCCAGAGAUUCAGAAAUCCAAGUGGUUCUUGAUUCCAGUUUCCUUCAGAAGUUCGUUGAUCAGCUGCCGGACAUGCCGAGGAUUCAGACCUACAGCUUCAAGAAUGGUGUGCCUGUCUCCAACCCACUCGAGAUUGGCAUGUUCAAGAAGAAAUGGAAAUUCCACCGGGACUGGCCGGAGACUCUAGUGUUCGCGUUCGGCACCACUGCGGAGGCGGCGACGGUGCCCGGACCGACCAUCGAAGCCCUCCGGGGAACCCCCUCCGUCGUCACGUGGGACAACCGCCUCCCUCGCCACCAUAUCCUUCCGUGGGAUGCCACCAUUCCGUCGGCGUUGCCCACCCGCAGGAACACCGGAAUCCCCACCGUCGUCCACCUCCACGGCGGGAUUCACGGUCCAGAGAACGAUGGCCACGCCAUGGCCUGGUUCACCAGCCGUUUCCGAGAGACCGGCCCCACCUGGACCAACCGGACAUACCUCUACCCCAACCUCCAGCAUCCCGGCAACCUCUGGUACCACGACCACGCCAUGGGCCUCACCCGGGUGAACAUUCUCGCCGGCCUUUUCGGCGCCUACGUCGUCCGCGACCCCGCCGUUGAAGACGCGCUCGGCCUGCCAUCAGGGCCGGAGUUCGAUCGGCACCUAGUGAUCUUCGACCGCAGCUUCCUUAAGGACGGGUCCAUCUUUAUGAAUGCCACCGGCAACAACCCGUCGAUCCACCCGCAGUGGCAGCCGGAGUACUUUGGCGAGGCGAUCAUCGUAAACGGUAAGGCCUGGCCGUACCUGGAGGUCCGGAGGAGGUCGUACCGUUUCCGGAUCAUCAACUCCAGCAACGCCCGAUUUUUCCGCCUCUCUCUCACCGGUGGCCUUUCUUUUGUGCACAUCGGAUCUGAUUCCGCCUACCUACCGCGCCCGAUCACGAGCUCCCGCUUCCUUCUGGCUCCGUCCGAGAUCGCCGACGUCGUCGUCGACUUCUCUGCCACUGACUCCGACGUCUCCAUCCUCACAAACGACGCGCCAUAUCCUUAUCCUACCGGCGAUCAGGCAGACCCGAAAGGCAACGGGGUGGUGAUGAAGUUCGUAAUUAGUGGCGAAGCAGCAGAGGAGGCGUCGAAGGUCUGGCAGCAGUCACCACUUCCGGCGAGACUGGUAGCGAGUCCGGCGGCAAUCGAGCGCGAAGCCGUGGCCACCAGGUAUGUUGCGAUGUACGAGUACGAGAGCAAGGAAGGGGAACCGACGCACCUGUACCUGAACGGGAAGUCGUUCGACGCGCCAGCGACAGAGACGCCAAGCGCGGGGACGACCGAGGUGUGGAACGUGAUCAACCUGACGGAGGACAACCACCCGAUGCACGUCCAUCUGGGGCUGUUCGUGGCGCUGGAGCAGAUAGAGCUGGUGGACGCGGACAAAUUCAAAAAGUGCAUGCAGAAGAGGAACGACGCUGUCGGGUGCCGGCUGGCAGAGCACGCCGUCGGGAGUCGGAUUCCGGUGCCGGCGUACGAGACGAGAUGGAAGAACGUGUUCAAGAUGCGGCCGGGGUGCCUGACCAGAAUGCUGGUCAGGUUCUCUCUCCUAAACUCGGACAACCAGCCUUACCCAUUCGACGCGGCGGCGGAGCCCGGCUACGCUUACCAUUGCCAUAUUCUAGAUCACGAAGACAACGUGAUGAUGAGGCCAUUGAAAAUUGUCAUGUAGAGGCACAAGGAGCAGCAGAAGCUUAGGUGGUCUACAAGAAUCAGAAGCUCCAAAAUAUGGGUAGAUGUCCGAUCGUCUUUUGUUUUCUUGCUUCAGUUGCAGGAGAGAAUAGCGGAUUUGAUUUGCUCCAAGAGUUUGUCUUGUGUUCUUAGGAUAUGGGGUAAGUGGUGACCAUGUGAAACACCGUUUGCCCCAGAAUAGAGUGAAUAAAGAGGAUGGUGAUGAUGCCGCCGCUCUAUAGUUCAUCUGCGUAAUAAACUGAAGGGAAUGUACAGGCUUGUGGGAUAAAAACAAUUGGAAUCAGGCUAAUGAGCAGGAUUUCUUGAAUAAUAAAAAGGCAAUAGUAUUGGAUUGACUA